UACAUUUGGCAUAGUAGAAUUUGAGCAUCUGUGCUUGCCAUAUACCAGAAAUACUUUCCUCCUUCCUCUAAAUGUACCUUUGUACUCACCGAACACUGGGCAGUCCAGCUUUUAGAUUGCUGACAACUAGAGUUUGAAGCCUAGGUCUGCUUCUGCCCUUGAGGUAUCCAGGUACCAUUGUGCACUGAGUAGGACUGAGAAGAACAAAGUUUAUUCUGGGACUAAACCUUCUUCCCUGAGACAUCAUGGCCCUGGCCCCAGAAUUGAGCAGACAGACAAAACUGAAAGAGGUCGCAGGGAUCCCACUGCCGGCUACAAUUGUCGACAACUGGAGUCAGAUUCACUUCAAGGCGAAGCCAGAUGACCUCCUCAUCUGUACUUACCCUAAAUCAGGGACAACAUGGAUUCAAGAAAUCGUCGACAUGAUUGAGCAGAAUGGGGAUGUAGAGAAGUGCCAGAGAACCAUCAUUCAACACCGACACCCUUUUAUUGAGUGGGCUCGGCCACCCCAGCCAUCAGGUGUGGACAAAGCCAAUGAGAUGCCAGCUCCAAGGAUAUUAAGGACCCAUCUUCCCACUCAGCUGCUGCCACCAUCUUUCUGGACAAACAACUGUAAGUUCCUUUAUGUGGCUCGAAACGCCAAAGACUGCAUGGUUUCCUACUACCACUUCUACAGAAUGAGCCAGGUGCUCCCUGAUCCAGGCACCUGGAAUGAGUAUUUUGAAACCUUCAUCAAUGGAAAAGUAAGUUGGGGAUCUUGGUUUGACCAUGUGAAAGGAUGGUGGGAAAUUCGAGACAGAUACCAGAUUCUCUUCCUCUUCUAUGAAGACAUGAAGAGGGACCCAAAGCGUGAAAUCCAGAAGGUAAUGCAGUUCAUGGGCAAGAAUUUGGAUGAAGAGGUCGUGGAUAAAAUAGUGCUGGAGACAUCGUUUGAGAAAAUGAAAGAGAAUCCUAUGACAAAUCGUUCUACUGUCCCCAAGUCUGUCCUGGACCAGUCCAUUUCCCCUUUCAUGAGAAAAGGAACUGUGGGUGAUUGGAAAAACCACUUUACUGUAGCCCAGAAUGAGAGGUUUGAUGAAAUCUAUAAGCAAAAGAUGGGCGGAACCUCUCUAAACUUCUGCAUGGAACUCUGAUCAAGAAGGACAUCUAAGACAGGAGUCUGUCUGCAAGCCUCAAUUCAGCCAAAGGAAGCUCUGAAAGCAACCUGUAAAGGCCAAGGAUUGUGGCUCCUACUCUGUGAUAACUAACAUCACAUUACCCUUCAUAAAAGCAGAUCAUGUUUAGUGUAUACUUCCUCCACUCUUCAGUACAAAUCAGUAAGACAGCUUAACGAGCUAGUAAAUAAAUACAUAAAUAAAACUCUAGUAGUAUAAAUUUUAUGAUGACAUUCUUCUAGAAGGUAUAACCUGGAUACUAACUCUGAAACACACAUCAAUAGUGAUCAUCUAAAUUAAAGUACAUGA